CCACAGAAGAAGCACUCCUCUAAACUGUGAAGCAUCUAGCAUCGUCUGAAAAUGAGAGUCCAGAGUGUUGUCCUUGUGUUGGUGCUGUGUGUGUGCAGGGGAGCUGUAGGCGUCCAGGUUGAGGUUGGAGACAGGAGCUUCCCCUUGGAGACGGUGCAGCAGCUGAUGGAGCUGAUGGAUGUAGACGACAGCGUUAGCCCUCACCUGGCCGAGACGAGUGUGGUAGCUGUUUGCGCCGACCCCCUCCUGCCGCAGAUCUUUCUGCCAGUGUGUCAAGGGAAGGGAACCGGCCUCGUUUUCUCCAGACUAAUGAAUAUCAUCACGUCUUCGGAUCCUUGUGAAAUAUGUGCCAACCCCUCCUGCUAUGGGUGUCUGGACUGAAGCUGCCAUCUGCUAGACAUACAAACACAUCGACGGAGAGCCUCCAGGGGCAUCAUCUUCUAUAGUUCUUCCACAUUUCUAUGUAUAAGGCAUCCGUGGACGUCGCCCAAAACACAUCCUGUCACCCAGCAACCAAGCCCAACAGGUCUCGUGGAUUUUAAGACAUACAUAAAAUCCACUGAGUCAACAUUUUUAGAAGUUUGCGUACAUGUUUGGUACUUAGUCCCUU